AUGCCUGACUACACCGGCUACUAUGUCGCAGGGGCGUUCCUCGCAGGAGCCGCCCUGACUGUGGCUUACAACCAGCGGGUGACUUCAUUAGAGCAUGUCAAAUCUCAAGAUGCAUCGAAGCAGCAUCACCUGCUUGCCCGGUUGUCCAAGAUCAACGAUCUGGACACGCUGAAGAAGACUCUGGCGGAGCUGGAUGGCUCGUGGAAUAAAGGCGAACGCCCCGCUGACAUCAAGGAGGGCAUCGAAGGCUGCAUUGGCAACACCCCCCUCAUCAGGAUAAAGUCUCUAUCAGAGUACACGGGAUGCGACAUCUUAGUCAAGGCCGAAUUUCUCAAUGGGGCCGGCAAUAGCCCAAAGGAUCGCGUUGCUCUUAGUAUUAUAGAAAUGGCUGAAGAAAAGGGACUGCUCGUUCCCAACUCUGGCGACACCAUCUACGAGGGCACUGUAGGCAGUACUGGUAUUUCACUAGCCGCCAUCUGCAGAGCACGCGGCUACAAGGCGCACAUCUGCAUGCCCAACGACAUGGCCGUGGAGAAGUCCGAUAUCCUUCUAAAACUAGGUGCAGAGGUCGAGCGAGUCAAGCCCGCACCCAUCGUAGAUCAGAAGCAGUUCGUCAAUCUUGCGCGAGCUCGUGCAGCAGAGCAUACCGCCUCUGACAAGCCGGGACGCGGACUGUUCGCCGACCAGUUCGAGACAGAGGCCAACUGGCGCGCCCACUUCGCCGGUACCGGGCCUGAGAUCUACGAGCAAACAGGAGGGUCACUGGAUGCGUUUGUGAGCGGCGCCGGCACGGGAGGCACGAUAUCUGGCGUGGCCCUCUUCCUCAAAUCACGCCUUCCAGAUGUCAAGAUUGUGCUCGCCGAUCCUCCAGGGAGCGGCCUAUUUAACCGCGUCAAGUAUGGGGUUAUGUUUGACCCGAAGGAGAGAGAAGGCACGCGCCGGCGCCAUCAAGUCGACACGAUCGUUGAGGGCAUUGGCAUCAACCGCGUCACACACAAUUUUGACGUUGGCAGAGAGCUCAUCGACGAUGCGAUCAGGGUGAGCGAUGACCAGGCGACCUCCAUGGCGCGCUGGCUUGUCGAACACGACGGUAUCUUCGUUGGCAGUUCAAGCGCUGUGAACUGCGUGGCUGCUACAAAGCUUGCAAAGCAGCUUGGCCCCGGUCACCGCAUCGUCACGUUGCUGUGCGACAGCGGAGCAAGACAUCUCAGCAAGUUCUGGGCUCAAACGGAGCCCGUCGGCGGCGCAGAUAACGACGUGUCUCUUGAGCAGAUUCUCAGCACAUAA